CAAAACAAACAAGACCUAAGUCUUGAUAAGUUUGUAUUAUUCUUUUGGCAUUUAAAUUCUUGAACAAGCUCAUCAAAUUAUAGCGGAGAAGAAGAAAAGAAUCUUUGUUAAUGACAGACAUAGCAGGACUUGGAAUUUUCUUUUUCCUAAAGUCAGGUUCUCACAUAGAUCUCCAUUAAAAGAAGCCAUUGGAAAUUAUCAUUUCAUAAUUUCUUCUCUUCCUAAUCCAAACGCGAAAAAUCAAUGGCCGACUCUUUUCUCCUCAGCAUUGCAGAAAGUGUUCUUGGGAAAUUGGGCUCUCUUGCUCUGGAAGAAUUCUUCUUGGCAUGGGGACUUGAAAGUGAUUUUGAAAAGAUCAAGGAGAACUUGAAGGUCAUCAAAGCCGUGCUUUUGGAUGCAGAGCAGCAGCUGUCACUGAAUCCACGGAUAGAGAUUUGGCUGGAGAAACUCAAACAAGUCCUAUAUGAUGCAGAAGAUGUGGUGGAUGAGUUUAAAUGUGAAGCUUUGCGAAGGAAAGUGGUCAUGUCUGGGAACACCACUCGAAAGAAAAGGAAGAAAUUGGAAAAAUAGAGAAAAAAUGCAGAAAAUGACAGAAAAGUGAUUGGGUCAGUGAUUUGCCCAAAUCACUGCCCAAAUCAAACUGGAGCAGAAAACUGGGAUUAACUCACAGACAGUGAUUGGGGCAACGAUCUGGGCAAAUCACUGCCCAGAUCAAGCUGAAGCAGAAACCUGGAGGCAACAGACAGAAAAGUGAUUGGGUCAGUGAUUUGCCCAAAUCACUCGUAGAAACUGGUCAAAUCACUAGCAGAGAUAGCACAAACUUGCAGAAAGUGAUUGGACCAGUGAUUUGCCCAAAUCACUGCCCCGAUCACAAUGACAGCAGAAAAUACAGCAGAGCGGGAAAUUGUUCAGGAAACCGAAUUUUGAGUUUUCAGAAGUCAAAAUCAACUUCAAACACUACAAGAUCAAU